AAUUCAGUUCAUUCUUGUACCACUCAAUUCAAUAAAUAGUUUUGAAUGAGUAGUAGGUAUGAUACAUGAAAUUAAACAAUAGGGUUUGGGAAAACCAAAUAGUUGGGUAGUUUUACCUUUUAGGAAUUUCCUACAAUCAGUAAUGACUGAUUUUUAAAUACAUGUUGUACAUAUCAUUUAUUUUUAGAGGAAACAUGGCCUAAGAUCAUAGAAAAGUAAGUAGUUAUCUAGAAACAUUAGGGAAAUCUAGUUGUGGGCAGAAGACACUUUUUGUGUACACAAAAGCUUAUAGGUGGGAAGGAAUAUGAUGUCUAAAGAAAAUAGACCAAAAAAAUCAGUAUGGUAGAGUCUACUUGGUUAGGAAUAGUGAUAAGUAUACUAGCAUUUAACUAUAUAAUAGGCGGUAUAUAUUUCCUAGAAACAGUUGUAAACCAUUGUAUGUGUUCCAAUGUGGGUAUGAUGUGACCUCAUUUGUGUACAUUCUGUGGAGGGUGUACUCACACGAGGGUGACCUGAGUUUUACAUGUGUAGAAUUAUAUCACUCAAUAAUCCAAAUGAGAGACUACAGCAGUGGCAGAAUAACCAGACUCCUGUCAGUCAAUGUGGUGAGCGAAUAAGGGCCAGGGGUCAAGGGUGAGUGUCAGAAAGGAAAGGAUGACUGCGAGGUUGCUUUGAUCCAGGAGAUUUGUUAGGCGAUGCCAUCCAUGGACAUAAUAAGAAAGAGGGAAAAAUGGAGAUUCUAAGUUAUAAUCAACCUCAAGUACAGUUGUGCAUCCAGCUACAGAAACAUACGCUUAAAACAAAGAGGAUUCUAGAACCGACUGAUCCAUAAAAGGCAAAUCAUGUAGGAGGCCCCAAGACCUGCUCCAUGGCUCUGUGCGUACACCCAUGGGGAUCGAGUUUGGGUCAACCAUUACAUUUUCUUGUAACAAAGGAUAUCAACUCAUUGGUGACUCUUCUGCUACGUGCAUUGUCUCAGACAAUACUGUAGUCUGGGAUGCGGAUAUGCCUUCUUGUGAAUCUAUUCUGUGUGAGCCACCCCCAUCCAUCUCCAAUGGGACCUUCUUCAGCACCAGUAGAGAAAUCUUUCCCUAUGGAAGUGUGGUAACAUAUCACUGCCACAUUGGACGACAUGGGGAAAAGCUGUUUGAUCUGGUGGGUGAGAAAUCGAUAUAUUGCACCAGCAAAGACAAUCAAGUUGGCAUCUGGAGCAGCCCACCCCCGCAGUGCAUUGAUUUAGUCAAGUGCCCAAGGCCAGAAAUUAAAAACGGACAUAUAGAAUCUGGAUUUAGAUGGUCAUUUUUCUUAAACGAUUCAGUGAUGUUUGCAUGCAAGCCUGGCUUUACUAUGAAAGGCAGCAGCAUUGCAUGGUGCCAACCAAAUGGCAAAUGGGACCCUCCACUGCCAACUUGCUUCAAGGGGUGUCUGCCACCUCCGAGUAUCCAUCAUGGUACUUCUAAUACAAAGGAUAAGGAAUUCUUUUCAGUUGGACAGGAAGCAUCCUACAGCUGUGAGCCUGGCUACACCCUCGUGGGAACUAACCUUGUUCAGUGCACAUCCUUGGGAACCUGGAGUUCUACCACCCCCAGAUGUGAAGUGAAAUCAUGUGAUGCCAUUCCCAACCAACUUCCCAAUGGCCGUGUGCUGCUCCCUCCCAAUUUUCAGCUUGGGGCAGAGGUUUCCUUUGUCUGUGACCCAGGGUUCCGGUUAAAUGGCAAAUCUUCUAGUCAGUGUGUCGCAGAAGGAGUGACAGUAAUCUGGAAUAAUAAGUUUCCUGUCUGUGAAUGGAUUUCUUGUGACCCUCCUCCUCCUAUCAAAAAUGGUGGGAAAAGUCUUGUCUCUGGUACCCCUUCUCUGGGUACUGUUGUAAUAUACUCUUGCCCAAAUCUCUUUCGCCUCAUCGGAGAAAAGGCGCUUUUUUGCAUAAGUAAAGACAACGUGACUGGAGUUUGGGACAAAGCUGCUCCUACAUGUGAAUAUUUCAAUAGAAAUGCUAGGUGCACCGAGCCCAAAGUGCCCGGAGGGUACAAGAAGGAAGGAUCUAGGACAUCAUACACACAUGGCCGUUCUGUGACAUUUGCCUGUCACGCCAACUUUACCAUGAAAGGAAACAAAACUGUCUGGUGCCGAGCAAAUAGCACAUGGGGACCCACACCAGUGCCAACCUGUGAGAGUGAUUUCCCGCUUGAGUGUCCGCCACUUGCUGAGAUCCGUCAUGGGUAUCACACAGGGCAAAAGGCUGGCCACUAUGCCCCAGGGUCAUCUGUGACUUACAGCUGCCAGCCUGGCUACUUGCUUGAUGGACAGAAGACUAUUGAGUGUUUAUCCUCAGGAGACUGGAGCUCAGACAGUCCCACUUGCAAAGAGGCUCAGUGUGACCCUCUAGGACCAUUUCCCAAUGGGAAGGUAAAGGCACCUGCAAGUCCUCGGUUUGGUGUAACUGCGAGCUUCACCUGUAAUGAAGGGUAUUGGUUAAAAGGCCAACCUUCUAGUCAGUGUGUGAUUGUUGGACAAAAAGCUGUUUGGACCAAACAGCCUGUCUGUGAAGAAAUCCUUUGCCCAGCGCCUUCCGCUAUUCUCAAUGGAAGACAUACAGGCAGCUCUUCAGUGCAUUUUCCCUAUGGAAGCAGAGUCACUUACACGUGUGACCCAGGCCCAGAGGGAGGAAUCGAGUUUGUCCUUGUAGGGGAGAGCACUAUCCACUGUACCGCGGGGAGCCUGAUGUCUGGGAGCUGGAGCGCCCCUGCCCCACGCUGUGAACUCUCCACUUCAGCCAUUCAGUGUUCACAUCCCCAUAUUCUCAGAGGCCUAACAUUAUCUGUGCAGAAAGAGCAGUAUUCCUAUAAUGAGACUGUGGUGUUCGCCUGUGAGUCUGACUUCACCAUGAAGGGCAGCAGCAAAGUCCGGUGCAAUGCCCAAGGAAUAUGGGAGCCACCAGCCCCGGUGUGUGAAAAGGCAUGCCAGGCCCCUCCUGAAAUUCUCAAUGGGCAAAAAGAAGGGAAACACAUGGUCCACUUUGACCCAGGAACAUCUGUAAACUACAUCUGUGACCCUGGCUAUGUGUUGGUGGGAGAAGAAUCCAUACAUUGCACCCCUGAGGGGACGUGGUCCCCUGCUGUCCCCCACUGCAAAGUGGCAGAGUGUAAACCCAUAGGACCACAACUCUUUACAAAACCCAAGGACCAGUUCAUUAGACCAGCUGUUAAUGCUUCUUGUGGUGAAGGGUCCCGAUUGAGUGGGAGUGCUUACCAACUGUGUCAAGGUACAGUUCCUUGGUUUGUAGAGAUUCGCCUUUGUAAAGAAAUCACCUGCUCACCACCCCCUGUUAUCUAUAAUGGGAUACACACAGGAAGUACUUCAGAAGAUGUUCCCUAUGGGACAACAAUCAUGUAUACAUGUAACCCUGGGCCAGAGAAAGGAGUGCACUUCGACCUCAUCGGGGAGCGUACCAUCCGAUGCACAAGCAAGGACGGAGUGAGAGGCAGCUGGAGCAGUCCAGCUCCCCUCUGCAGGCUCAGGCUCCCUGUGGUCCAGUGCUCAGAGGUGAUCAUUGACAAUGGAUACACGACAGCUGUCAAGAAGGCAUCGUAUGUCUACAAUGACAGUAUAACAAUCAAGUGUAAUCAUGGCUACAUUUUGAAUGGCAGCAGCCAAAUUCGUUGCAAAGCCAAUAACACCUGGGAUCCUCAUAUACCAACUUGUGAAAAAGGCUGCCAGGUUCCUUCCGAGAUUCAUCACGGUCGGCAUACAGGUGGAAAUAUGAUCCUCUUUGUGUCUGGGAUGUCUGUAGACUAUACUUGUGACCCUGGCUACAUGCUUGUGGGAAACAAAUCCAUCCACUGUAUGCCUUCAGGACAGUGGAGUCCCGCCCCACGAUGCGAAGAAGGAUGUGAACCUGUGCAGCUUCCACGUGGUUCACCUGUGAAACUAGUGAAUAUGCCCUGUCAAGAUGGGUACCAAAUGACUGGCUAUGCUUAUGAGAAGUGUCAAGAUACUAAGAAUGGGGUUUGGUUUCAAAAGAUUCCUGUUUGUACAGUUAUUCACUGUCAGCCUCCUCCCAUGAUUGCCAAUGGGAAGUACAGAAGCACAGUGGAAGAGCCAUUCCUAUAUGGAAGUAAAGUCUUUUAUGAAUGUGACCCGGGAUUCUAUCUUCUGGGAGAGAAAAAUCUACAGUGCAGCAAAGAUUCUAAAGGACAAGGAUCCUGGAGUGGGCCUCUCCCACAGUGUUUACACUCUCCUGUAACUCACUGCCCUAACCCAGAAGUCAAACACGGAUACAAACUCAAUAAGACACGUGCUACCUAUUCCCACAACGAUAUAGUGCAUGUUGCCUGCAAUCCUGGCUUCCUCAUGAAUGGUAGUCACUUGAUAAGAUGUCACACAGAUAACACAUGGGUACCAGGCAUACCAACAUGUAUCAAAAUGGCUUUCUUAGGCUGUCAGUCUCCCUCUACAAUCUUCAAGGGGAAUCACACUGGUGGAAAUAUAGCACAGUUUUCUCCCGGGAUGUCCAUCCGGUACAGCUGUGACCAAGGCUACCUGCUGGUGGGAGAGGCACUCCGUGUUUGCACACAUGAGGGAAUCUGGAGCCAGCCUGCCCCUUACUGUAAAGAGGUAAACUGUAGCUUUCCUGAAGAGAUCAAUGGAAUUCAGAAGGGACUGGAGCCAGGGAGAGUGUAUCAGUAUGGAGCUAUUGUAACCGUGGAAUGUGAAGAUGGGUACAUCCUGGACGGCAGUCCCCAGAGCCAGUGCCAGGGUGACCACCAGUGGAACCCUCCCCUAGCGGUCUGCAGAUCAAGAUCAUUGAUUCCGAUUCUUGGUGGUAUUUGUGCCGGUUCAGCACUGCUGAUUAUCUUGGCUGUCAUCGCCUUAUUCAUGAUAAUAAAAUACAGAGGACGCCAUUAUUAUACAAAUGCAAAGCCUAAAGAAGGAGUGCUUCACUUAGAAACACGAGACGGGUAUUCUGUUGAUCCGUACAACCCAGCAAGCUGAGAAGAAGACAAAUUG